AUGUCGGAGAGCUCCCUGGACUCCGAGCUGCUGGCGGUGGCAGGAGCAAAGAAGAGCGCCAAGAAGCGGGCCCGCAAGGCGCUCAGCGAAUCGGAGGAGGAGGAUGUGUCCAGCGAGGAUGUGUCGCUGGACGAUGAGAGCGACAAGAAGCGCUCCGGCGGCGCGGCCGCCAAGCCGGCGCGCAAGCGGCAGGCCCGAGGGCGCGCUGCAGCCGAAUCCUCUGACGACGAGGAUGCUGCGCCGGCAGCUGCCGACAAGUCGGAAGAAGAAGACCGGCUGGAGAUUGAUGAGGAGGACCUGAUUGAGGACGAGGAGGACCGCAAGCGGCUGGCUGCAAUGACUGAGCUGCAGCGCGAGUAUGAGCUGGCCAACCGUGCUGAGAAGCGCAACCAGGAGAUGCUGCGCCAGAAGCUGCUGGCAAAGAACGACGCCAAGGCGGAGCGUGCAGGCGCCAAGGCCGCGAAGCGCGUGGGGCGGGUCAAGUCGGGGCGCGAGGAGCGGGAGGAGGCGGCUAAGAAGAGCGCCAUGGAGGAACUGAAGGCGGCGCGGGAGCGCAAGGCGCGGGGCGCCGAGGAGCGGGCCCGCAAGCGCGAGGAAUCGGAUGAGCUUGAUGAGGAUGAUGAGGAUGACGGGGACCGGCGGCGAGGCAGGCGGCGAGAUGCUGACCGGGAAGGGUCGGAGGAAGGGGCGCUGGACUCUGAGGAUGACCUGUCAGGCGAUGACCGGCGAGACGGCGGCCUGUAUGGUCGGCGCGGCAUGGAGGAGGGCGCAGAUGAGGAGGACGAGGCGCCAGAGGAGGAUGUGAAGAAGAUUCAAGUGCGGCGUGUGAAGCUGGAGCAGUGGGUGAACGAGCCGUUCUUUGAGGAUACCCUGCCUGGCUGCAUGGUGCGUGUGGUGGCUGCCGAGCAGGGGUCAGACAUGUCACAGAAGCGCUACGUGCUAUGCCAGGUUGUAGCGGUGGAGGAGCGGGCUCCAGGCUAUUACAAGGACUCUGGCCAGGCCUGGCGAUCGCCCUACCCCUUUGGGCCCAACCAGGAAAAGACCCACAAGUGGCUGCUGGUGGAGCGAGGCAACAGCCAGCGCGGCAUGCCGCUGGCACAGGUAUCCAACCAGGGCUUCACUCAGGCUGAGUUUGAGAGCUGGCAGCGCACGCUGAAGGAGCAGCACCGGCCGCAGGUCAGCCGGCGCACCGUCACAGAGACACAUGGGCGGCUGGUGAAGGCAAACACCUACACAUACACGGCAGAGGAUGUGUCGCGGCUGCUGCAGGAGAAGAAGGCGAAGGGACAGGCGCCCCGCAACAUGGCGCUGGAGAGGGCCCGGCUGGAGGCGCAGCUGGCGGGGGCGCGGGAGAAUGGCGAGGAGGAGAAGGUGGCAGAGCUGGAGGCCCAGAUGGCGCAGCUGGAGGCGGGGCUGGCGGGGGGCAAGGGGCAGCGGCGGGGACACAACAUGGCUGACCUGAACAAGCGCAACGCAGACAUGAACUUCAAGAAUGCGCUUGACAAUGUGUCAAACAGAGUUGGGGCGGCCGCGGGGGUGCAGGACGCCACCACAUCUCAGCUUGACCCCUUCAGCCGUCGCGCCACGCGGCCCAUGAUCUAUUGGAGCACCAAGCGGCAGCAGCAGCAAGGCGAGGAGCCACAGGAGCCCGAUGCGGCUGCCAACGGCGGCGAGGCGGCGGCGGCAGAGGCGGCGGCAGAAGCGGCGGCAGAGGCAGCGCAGCAGCAGGAGCAGCAGAAUCAGCGGCCAGACUUCAGUGCCAUUGUCGACCUAAGCAGCUUGGACCUGUCCGUCCUGGAGCGGCCGCCCCGCAUGCCGCCCAUGGCCAGGAAGCUGCUGGGGCCGACGUGGCGGCCCGCGCCGCCGCCGCCGGGCGCCCGCAUCAUCUCCCUGGACGAGUACAACCGCAGCAAGGGAUGGGCAUGA